ACGUCACAGCGGGUCCACUCCCAUCCGUCCGGGUUGCGGAAUUCCUGAGUCCUGAGCGUCCGCAAAGGUAGUGACGCGUGUUGCCCGGAGGAUGGCGGACGCCAGCUUGCGCCGCGUGGUUCCCAGCGACCUGUAUCCCCUCGUGCUCGGCUUUCUGCGCGAUAACCAGCUCUCGGAGGUGGCCAGUAAAUUUGCCAAGGCAACAGGCGCUACCCAACAGGACGCCAACGCCUCUUCUCUCUUAGACAUCUACAGCUUCUGGCUCAACAGGUCUGCCAAGGCCCCAAAGCGGAAGGUACAGGCAAAUGGACCAGUGAGUAAGAAGGCUAAGAAGAAGACUUCAUCCAGUGAGAGCAGUGAGGACAGCAGUGAGGAGGAAGAACCCCAAGGACCUCCAGCUAAGAAAGCUGCUGUACCUGCCAAGCGGGCCAGUUUGCCUCAGCAUCCUGGAAAGGCUGCAGCCAAAGCAUCAGAGAGCAGCAGCAGUGAGGAAUCCAGUGAUGAGGAGGAGGACAAUGACAAGAAGAAAAAGCCUGUUCAGAAGGGAGUUAAGCCCCAAUCCAAGGCAGUCAAAGCUCCUCCUAAGAAGGCCAAGAGCUCUGAUUCUGAUUCAGACUCAAGCUCAGAAGAUGAGUCACCAAAGAACCAGAAGCCAAAGACAACACCUGUGGCAGCUAAAACUCAGACUAAAGCCUCAGCCAAACCAGGUAUCCCAGCCCGUGUGGCACCUAAACUAACCAAUGGGAAAGUGGCCAGCAAGAAGAGCAGCAGCAGCAGCAGCAGCAGCAGCAGCAGCAGUGAUGAGGAGGAGGAGGUGGCAGCGGCGGCAGCCAUACCUAAGAAGACUGUACCUAAAAAGCAAGUCGUGGCCAAGGCUCCAGUGAAAACAAUGGCUGCCCCUACCCAGAAGAGUUCCAGCAGUGAAGACUCUUCCAGUGAGGAGGAGGAGGAGGAAGAGCAGAAAAAACCCAUGAAAAAAAAACCAGGUCCCUAUAGUUCAGUCCCCCCACCUUCGGCUGCCCCAUCCAAGAAGUCCCUGGGAACCCAGGCUCCCAAGAAAGCUGCAGAGAAGCAGCAGCCUGUGGAAAGCAGUGAGGACAGCAGCGAUGAGUCUGAUUCCAGUUCUGAGGAAGAAAAGAAACCUCCAGCUAAGGCAGUCAUCUCUAAAGCAACCUCUAAACCAGUUCCAGCAAAGAAAGCGCCAGAGAGCUCUUCAGACAGCUCAGACUCUGAUAGUUCUGAGGAUGAAGCUCCUGCCAGAUCAGCCGGUACUACCAAGAAUCUACCAAGUAGGCCGGUUGCCACUCCCAAGCAACCUGCAGCUAAACCAGCCACAGCUCCCAAGCAGCCUGUAGGUAGUGGCCAGAAGCCUCUCACCAGAAAGGCUGAUAGCAGCUCCAGCGAGGAGGAGAGCAGUUCUAGUGAAGAGGAAAAGAAGAAGACUGUGGUCACUCCCAAGUCCAAGGCAGCAGCCAAAGCAGCUCCGUCUUUGCCUGCCAAACAGGCCCCCCAGGGUGGUGGGGACAGCAGCUCUGAUUCAGAUAGUUCUAGCAGUGAGGAAGAGGAGGAAGAGAAGAUGUCAAAAUCCCCAGUUAAAAAGAAGCCACAGAAGGCAGCAGGAGUUGUAGCCUCUUCCAAGGCGGCUUCCACAAAGCAAGCAAAGGCCGAGAGCAGCAGCAGUUCUUCCUCUGAUGAUUCCAGUGAGGAAGAAGUGAAGGAGAAGCCUAAGGGCAAGGGCAGUGUAAGGCCACAAGCCCUCAAGACCAAUGGGACCUCUGCAGUGACUACGCAGAAUGGAAAAGCAGACAGGGAUAGCCAUGAGGAAGAAGAAGAAAAGAAAAAGGCAGCAUUAGCAGUUUCUAAGCCAGGUUCCGGAAAGAAGCGGAAGCAGAAUGAGGCUGCCAAAGAGGCAGAGACUCCUCAAGCCAAGAAGAUAAAGCCCCAGACCCCCAACACAUUUCCAAAAAGGAAGAAAGGAGAAAAAAGGGCAUCAUCCCCUUUCCGAAGGAUCAGGGAGGAGGAAAUUGAGGUAGAUGCUCGAGUGGCAGACAACUCCUUUGAUGCCAAGCGGGGUGCAGCUGGAGACUGGGGGGAACGCGCCAAUCAGGUUCUGAAGUUCACCAAAGGCAAAUCGUUCCGGCAUGAGAAAACCAAGAAGAAGCGGGGCAGCUACCGGGGAGGCUCCAUCUCUGUCCAGGUCAAUUCCAUUAAGUUUGACAGCGAGUGACCUGGGGCCAUGUGUGGUGAAGCAGGGGUGAUGAUCCAAUGCCACUUACUUUCCCCAGUGGACCUGGGAAACCCUCAGCUCUAUUAAGGGAGGGUCUUGGCGAGGACAGCAGUUUAGAAGAGGUCCGAAGACUUUGCAUUGUAACAUCCUCUUUGGCCGUUUUCUGUGUUCGUAGUUUUGUACAGGUUUGGCUUUUGAGUGUUGAGAAGUAAGGACAACAUAAGAGUGUUCUUUUUUAAGAAAAAGAAAAAUUUUAGUUGUCAUUCCCUCAUUCCCUUCUCCCUGUUCUGUGGAAGUCCUCAUGCUGAGAAAUUUGUAAAUUUUAUAUUAAAUCGUUUCCUAUUCAUUUUCGUUGUGAUUUCACAGGUGGGUAAAGAUAAAAUCUUAGCUAUUGCCCAAGAUGUAGUAAAGGUUACAUUAUGAGUUUUUAUAAUUGGAGAAUUCUGUCAUUUGUUCACAUUCAUCCGUCCUACCCUCACAGCUUUGGGAAGGGGCAGUUAAGAAUGGUUAAUGUAUAUGUUUGCUAAGCAUGCACUGUGUAGUUCAUCCUCUUUUAUGGGGUUUAGGACUGAUGUUUUCAGCGAGCAUGGACUUAACUACUUUUGGGGAUAAAAUCCCCUUUUGUUACAGUUAAAAUUCUGGUGUAGUGUGAAUGCUGUGGGGUUAGUCUAAAUAUUUUGUUUUCUGUAAUAUUAACAUUUAAUGUUUGCAGUAUAUGUUUAGUUUUUUAUUUUGAAAGCAUAAACUUUUCUAUUGUUCGGAGA